GUGCAAGUUUGCGCAUGCGCCGAAUGGCGAAUCAGUGACUAUUUCUUUGAGUUAGAUAUUUUGUAAUUAAGAAAUUUUAUUAUUAGUCAGUAGAUCAUUUAUGCCUGUGUGUGUAAAUAAUUUUAUAUUUUAGUUCUCACGUUCUUGUUUGAAAUUUCGAUUAUUGUUAUUAAAGGAGUGUUAAAGUGUAACAUUGGUGGCCAUUACAAAACCUAAACUUUUAUCAGGACAAAUGUCCAUUUGAUGUUUCGGCGACGUUGUGACUAAUCUCAAAGCUAUCUGAAACUGUGUUAAAAAUCUACAAAAGUAACUACGGAGAAUACUUGAGUGAUGUAAAUGGUGACACAGCUACCAUAUUAAUAAAUUGUUUCAAAGAUCUUGCCGAUCAACAAAUUGGGAUUGACUUCUAAAAAUCAACUGUCAAUUGUUACAUUAAAUUUUAUUUAACAAUAAAUACAAUUUCUUUUAGAUAAUUAGUAAUCAUAAAUGAGUAAUUAGUUAUGGAUUGAUCCAGGCUUCGCUGCAUUCCGGUGUAACAAAAAUGAUUGUGAGAUAAAAUUAAUAGUGGUACAGUAAUAACAGUAUUACUACAACAUAAAUCUGUUUUAUACAAAAACAAAAGUGUAUGUCUGGAUUUUGGUAUGGCGAUGCAUCGCCGAUUGUGUUCUUCUAAUAUUUGGUGACAUGGGCUGCAUUGCUGCGGCCCGUACAGACGCUGGGCACAAGCAGUGAUCGCGCGUGCACGGCCAGGGCCUGCACAAUUCAUCUAGUAUUAUGAACAAACGAGAUAGCAACAAGGACAAGGACCGCCAGAACGAGGACAAGAGAACAUCUACCGCGACCGGUGCGGUGGGCGGGCGCGGCGGGGGCGGAAGCAACGCGAUGCACACCUCAAGGUACUCGGUCACCUCGUCCUCGGGCGUCCUCAUGGUCGGCCCUAACUUUAGGGUCGGCAAGAAAAUUGGUUGCGGCAACUUUGGUGAACUUAGACUCGGGAAAAAUCUCUAUAACAGCGACCAUGUAGCGAUCAAGAUGGAGCCUAUGAAGUCCAAGGCUCCGCAAUUACAUCUAGAAUACAGAUUUUACAAAUUAUUAGGGACGCACGCGCCGUCGACUGCAGAAGGUAUACCGGAGGUGUAUUACUUUGGUCCUUGCGGUAAAUACAACGCUCUCGUAAUGGAGUUGCUCGGGCCGUCGCUCGAGGACCUAUUCGAUCUAUGCGGCCGUCGGUUCUCUCUAAAGACUGUGUUAAUGAUCGCUAUGCAGUUGUUAUACCGCAUCGAGUAUGUCCACACGAGACACCUAAUAUAUCGCGACGUGAAGCCAGAGAAUUUUUUAAUAGGUAGAACUGCAACAAAAAAGGAGAAAAUCGUGCACAUCAUUGAUUUUGGUUUGGCCAAAGAAUAUAUAGACUUAGAGACAAACAAACAUAUCCCAUAUCGGGAGCAUAAGUCGCUCACAGGGACUGCUAGAUACAUGUCAAUAAACACACAUUUAGGAAAAGAACAAUCGAGACGUGACGACCUAGAGGCUCUCGGACAUAUGUUUAUGUAUUUUUUACGUGGUUCCUUACCCUGGCAAGGUUUAAAAGCUGACACACUCAAAGAAAGAUACCAAAAAAUUGGCGACACUAAACGAGCGACCCCUAUCGAGGUGCUAUGCGAGGGCCACCCCGAGGAGCUGGCGACGUACCUGCGCUACGUGCGGCGGCUCGACUUCUUCGAGACCCCCGACUACGACCAGCUGCGAAGGAUGUUCCGGGACCUGUUCGACAGGCGCGGAUAUAUCGACGACGGAGAAUUCGACUGGACCGGAAAGACAAUGUCGACUCCUGUCGUGUCCGGCUCGACUGGUCAGGAAAUCGUGAUCUCACCGAACCGAGACAGUCACCAGCCGUUCAACAAGAUGGGCACGUUGGCCGCCAAGGAGUUCGGCACAAGCGGCACGACUAAUACCGGGAAUUGGCCUCAUAGCGGCAAGGCGACUCCGCUGACGACGGGGCAUCUGACCCCCGCUGACAGGCACGGCUCCGUACAGGUGGUGAGCUCGACCAAUGGCGAGCUUGGCGCCGACGACCCGACGGCGGGCCACAGCAACACGCCCAUCACGGCGCCGCACCACGAGGUCGACGUGAUUGACGACACCAAGUCAGUUUUCCAACUGCAAUCGGUUUAUUCCAGGUGCUGUUGUUUCUUCAAACGUAAAAAGAAGAAGUGCACCGCGCGCGCGGGCAAGUGACGCGGGACCGUCGCGUGACGUCACCGCGCCCGCCCACGACCGCCGCGCUAACCGCCGCCGCCGAACCACACCGCACCCGGUCACCCGGACCGCGGCUCGACAUUACAAAGCCUAAGAUCGGAAUGAAUAAUCGAGAAAACUAGCGAAAAAAAUUCAAUACGGAACCCUGAAUAUUUAUCAUAGAGUAAGAAUAAGACUCCCUAUUUAUUUAAGCUACAUUUUUUAAAUUUUUUUUUAAAUAAAACUUACAUAGUAAAAUGGGGUCUUAUCGAUAUUUGUAUCACACUAGCGAGCCCUUCAGGCUGUGAUGUCACUGGAAAACUUGAAUGUGAUGGUAACGCCAUCUACCGGGUCUAAUUGUAAAUCGAUAUCAUCCAAGGAUCUAAUCAAAUAUAUACAAUCAGUCUAAGAGUUCAGUUACUAACACACGUACUGAAGAAUUGUAAAUGUAAAUUAUAAAUUGGGUCAUAUGGAUAUAUGUAUCAAACUAGCGAGCCUUUCAAGCUGUGAUGUCACCGGAAAACUUGAAUGUGAUGGUAACGCCAUCUACCGGGUCUAAUUGUAAAUCGAUAUCAUCUAGGGAUCCAAUAAAAUAUAUAUAACCAGUCUAAGAGUUUAGUUACUAACACAUUUGAGUUAUAACGUAUUGAAGAAUUGUAUAUGUAAAUUAUAACUCGACUACAAUUAGUAAUGUUUUAUUAAAAAGUUUAUAAUAUUAUGUAUAUCCGAUCUUAUAUUUGUAUUGUCGAGACCGCUAUUGUACUAUUCCACUCGUGGUUGCUCGUAAAGUCGAUUAUGAUUUGUCUGCUUCAAAACUAUUAGUAUCGAUUCGAAUCGAGUGUUAUAUCGAUUAAAAGAGAUUCGAUUAAAAUGUUACAAAUGUGUUAAUAGGGUCUGUACGCUCUGUAUUUAUUGAAUUAUAUAAUUUACACUAUCAACAAUCGAUCCAUAGUCAAUAAGCGAGUGAGCAACCGGGGUGACUGUAAAUAAAUUAUUUUGCAACAAACACACAGGCCGAACCCCAAAAUCACUUAGUUCUCAAAUUAAUAUUCGCAAGUGUCAGGCAUCCUUGAUUAGUUAGUUAAAAAGGAAAAUUAAUCGAUACAAUGUUCUAUUUUUGGACGAAUGUGAAAAUAGAACAAUUUUGUUGUUUGUUUUUUUUUUUUGAAAUAUUUAAAUCGAAUAUCAGAUUUUAUAAUGACGCGGCCAUUUUACCUGGUCCCAAAUUUAAUAAGCCGUUUCUUGUUAAAAUAAUACGUAAACAAUUUUUAGGCUGAAAAUUUAUUCACAGCGUGUUUUCUUUAUGAAAAUAUUUUAUCGAAAACAUUACCCUGUGAUAUUCUCGUUCUAGUUCUGACAUAAUCAACUGACUGAAUAUCUCUUGUCUGUCGCUGUCCGUGAAGACGACAGCCUGUCACGAUGCUGUAGAAGCGUGAAGCUAGAUUAAAAUUCGACUUUAAACACGUGAGAAUAAGACGCAAUUUGGGGUGCUGAUCAUUUCGGGAAACAUUCAGUUACCAAAGCAAAUGGGCGUAUGAUAUUCUAGUUAGGACCUGCAGUCGGCGUGUUUUUUUGUUCCCGUCCGUUGAGAAUUACGUUUGCGUUCGACCGUAACUCGAUUAUUUGUGUGUCUGAUGUUCGAUACGAGAUCACUGCGGCUCGUCGAGCCAGUAGCAGAUGCGAUGUCCAUUCCAGCGUGGUCCGAACUAAUUCUAUGUGUUGUUCAGGCGAGCACCGUUGCGGUAUGUGUGUCGCCGGCCUUAGCCGCGUCGCGAGACUGUAUACAGGAUGUUCGAAAUUGUGAUUCGGGUUUAUAAUAAAAAAAGAUUACUGGUGGUAGGACCUCUUGUGAGUCCAAGCGGGUGGGUACCACCACCCUGCCUAUUUCUGCCGUGAAGCAGUAAUGCGUUUCCGUUUGAAGGAUGGGGCAGCCGUUGUAACUAUACUUGAGACCUUAGAAGUUACAUCUCAAGGUGGGUGGCGCAUUUGCGUAAUUUCUAUGGGUUCCAGUAACCACUUAACACCAGGUGAGCUGUGAGCUCGUCCACCAAUCGAAGCGAAAAAAAAUAAUUAAAAAAAUAUUCGACUGAGACAACCCUAUGGAUCGUUCCCGUGAAGGGUUUCUGUUUUUUUUACUCUAGCUUUGGUUCCACAGCGAGAUAACUAAAGCUGGUGACACACAUCCGUCCCUAAUUAUACAUAUAAAUACAUAGCUAUUCACUAGUGUCGCUUCAUACCGUAUAGUGGAGCGGUCAAAUAUUAUUUUUUUACGUUAUCUGUCGUUUCGUAAUUCCUGCGAGGAGAGCAUUGUAUUUUUUUUUUUUUUGUAUUUUUUUUUUGUAUAUUUACAUAAGCAAUGAAUUACCAUAACGUGUGAGAUAUUUGCGACUUCGUAAUAAGUCUGUGUGUGUUGAGGGUACGUCCGCUGGAAAUGGCGGCUCGGGUACUAAAGUUGAGGGUACAUUUAUAUUCCGAUGUCGGUUGUGACGCGGCGAUCGCAUACGACUGAAGUUUUUUUUUUUUUUUUUGUUACUUAUUGGAAUGUAAAGACGUCAAACUGCGUACUCCCUAAAACAUUUUCGCAUAAAAUCACAAUGUAGUUAGUUGUAAACGUUCACCGAUACAGCCAUUGUUUUUAGUAAAUACGAAACCGUAAUUGCUUUUUUAGUUGAUUAGUAGAUAGUUGAUCGAAUUAUGGUAUAGUUGUUGCAAGGUACGAUAGCGCGCCGCCCUUCGAUGUGUGAGUGACCAAUCUGUAUACGCGUCAAUAUAGGCUAUACUGGACGUUAGAAGACCGCUUCCGAAAUAGAAGACAGACGAUAGUACUAAUGACACCUUUGAUGAUGGGACGGAAUACAAAAAGCGAUUCUAAUUAAAAAAAUGUCAUAUUUAUAAAACGUUUACUAGUAUUAUUUACGCUCUAUUAUGUUAGUACAGCUAAAUGGCCGAUUGUUUCAAAAAAAUACAUUACUAAAAAACCAGCAAUGAAACACAAAAUCAAAAACAGCUGAUGCUCGGGUCAACGAACGCCCGGGCGCGGGGUUUCUUUUACACGCACACAGGCGCGGCGCUGAUAGAGAGAGAGAGAGUAUUCUUUAUUGUGCACCAACAAAAGAAACAAUGCGAAAAGAAUCGCUUGGAAACUAAUAACACGCGGUGUACCAAUCAAAUUCAAAUUCAAAUUGGAAUUCGAUAUUAUCGAUUACAACAACAAAUAAAGACCACGCGCGUUCGUACUUUGCAACAACUAUAUUGUUGUUGGUCUUAAAAGUUGUAGGUGAAUUGGACUCAGUAUUGUUGAGGUGAUAUGACGAACGCCCUCUGUCCGAAGUAGUGGUACCAAAAUGUUUUGGCAAUUUUUUUAUUUUUUCAAUUAAAAUCAAUUUCAAAGCCGGUUAGUGAUGUGGAAAAUAUGAUGAUUAGUUGUUCAAUUGUCCGAGAUAAACUAUAAGUUUUUUUUUUGUUUAUGUAAUAUGUGUUGUGUUUGGUAUGUACUAAAAAUAAAGUUUUAUCGGAUGUCACGUAUUUAUAUAAUUUAUUGUAGUAGUUUUAGUUUAAGUAUCUCGGGUGUACGUGAGUAGGGACAGGUCGAGUGCGCGAGUCGCCCCGCGGACGAACCCUACGUCAUAGUUCUAUUUAGUCAAUUUCCAUGAGCUAAGUUCCGUCUGCGCGAGUUGCCUGCUCCGUUCCCAAGACGCCGCUUAUCAAUAAAAUAAAAUUAUUUAUGCAUUACUUACUACAUUUAGUUUAUGAGCUGACAACACUGAAUCGAACGCGCAGUCGUCAGGGGAUGCGUACGUUAGAGUUUUAAUUAAUUUGUGACAAGUCUUUUUUGUUUUUUUUUUGUUUAAUGAACGCUGAUUUUCCACUUGAUUACGGUGACAUUAUUAUAAUAUUGAUCGUGCAAUAAUUUAUGUAUAAAACCGAUGGAAUAGUUUUAACAGAGACGCGUGUGCGUUUCGGUUCGCUGCGUCCAGCUAGUCCCAAGCGAACCGGCAACUGUAUUCCUACAAGACUGAGUGAGACAUUUCAACUAGGGGCACGCGACUCCGCGCCGAAGUCAAUUGUGAUGCGGUCGGCUUUUUAGGGACCCCGUUCACGGCGACUUUUCGUAGCGAUGCUGCCGCGUUUUGUAAGCGCGCUUAUGCAUCGCUACUAUCGCGCGUUGAUCGCAUUUGUAACGUGCGAAAGAAUCGAUGCGGACGCGCGGCUGUAUCGAUAUACAUGCGCGAUAGCAUCGCGACUGUAUCGCUGCAAACGCGUACACACAUUUCUGUGUAGGAUCUGGGCGAUCGCCCACUAUGUUUCUCGCCGGAUCUUCUCAGUGAAUCGCGUUUCCGAUCUGGUGGUAGAUUCUGCGAAGCACCGCUCUUGCUGGGGCCAAUGUUAGCAAAAUCUCUCAGGUUGAGCCCGUGAGCUCACCUACACGUCAAGAAGUUGAAAUAGCCUCUCAAGGUUAUCAGCACAGGUAGGAAAAAAAACUGGGCGAACUGUAUCGAUGAGAACGCGCGAUAGCAUCGCUACUGCAUCGCUACAAAAAGUCGCCGUGGGCGAGGGCUCUUAGUGUCGAGCCGCGCCCCGCCCCCAGGGGCUCCGCACCGACUCGCAGUCUACCGUGUUUUGUCCCUUUCGAACCUCUUCAAACCGGGCUUCUAUACUUGGGCCAUUAUAAACAUGCGAACCGAGUCAUAAAACAUUACUUCAAAGGAAUGUGACAAUAUCGAUUAAUCGAUCGAAUUAUCGAUAAAAAGAUGCCGCUCGGGUUCAGGUAGUCAGAUGACGUGCUCGUUGAUGACUGGUGCAUGUAAAUUGUAGGUUGUAGACCUUUGUUUGUAAAAAUUGUGUUGGUUAUCGUUAGACAAUCCUACGCGAACCAAGGAAGCGUUAUUCGAUAACUUAACUUUGUUAAAAUUAAAGGGCCAUAUUAACGCCCAAACUCGUUCGGUUAUUCAUAAUGUGUUGAUAGUAUUUAACGAAUUAAAAAGUGAUUCUGAAAAAAUAUUUUUUAAAAAUUAAAAUAACGUUUUUUUUUUUGUAAUUAUAUUGAUUUUACACAUACAACACUAGUAGUGUGAGCGAGAGAUCCGAUAUCCCUAUAAGUGUGAGCGAGAUGUCUGAGAAAAAUGAUUUAGGACUCAGUUCGCACGUUUGUAACGGCGCAAGUUAUAGUGAGAAAGAGAAAUGACGGUAUCUGUUGUCGCCCGCUUGGAUCGUAAAUAGACUGAGUCAAGAGAGAAAGGCGCGCGGCCGCCCCGCCGGCGCCGCACGUGUAUAAAUUGUUUAUAAGCCGCGCCAAUAAAGAAACGAAUCGAAAAUGCCGUCUAUGUACCUGCACUGACAGAUGGUAGGGUCAACAAUUAAAAAGAAAGAUAGUAAAAGAAGUUGUUUAUUGUAAAAAAUAUAAAAAAAAAUGAGAAUGUAGUUUAAUUUACUUUGGUGCCCCGGCAGAGGGGGAGGUGUCUCAUCUGGGAUGCAACUUGCGUAGACACUUUUGCUGCCAGUCAAUCUAAGUCGAUAUUUUUUAUAUUUUUUUUGCAUGCAGUACGCACCGUGUGCGACUAAAGACAGCAAUAGCUUAGAGUGAGAGCGCAUGAUCGCCGCCGCCAUUUUAGAUUCGCUUCUUUAUUGGUGCGGCUUAAACAGAUUUAGAAUGUUAGAAAUACAUGUGUAUAUUUUUGCUUGGACCGGAAGCGGCAGAGUUUCGACAAGCGUGUUUCGCAUAGGAGUAAGGUUUGUAGAUGUCGCUGCGGUCGGCGUUGUCGGUUGCUCUAAAGUUUUUAUAAAGUAUUUUUGAUUAGUCACCGUUUUGUAGUCAUCACAAAAUUGUAUCCCGUGCAUUAGGAGUUAUUCAUUUGGCUAUUGGUAAGUUCAAAUGUUUUAUAUAUGUAUGUAUGUAAACAAUAAAAAUAACAUCUUGUUGUGUCGUUUUCAUAUUUUAGGGGGGGAAGGGGGAGUGAAGAUAAUACGAAUAUUGUCGUUUAAGUUAACGGAAAUAUUUAAAAUUAAGAAAAAAAGUAAUAAGAAUACAGUUUAAUAUUGGUUUAUUUUUCUUCGUUUGGUAACUUAUUGUGAAAUAUUAAAGUAUUCUUGUGGUUUGAUUGAUCGUUAAGAUUAUUUUACGAUCGUGCAGCGAUAAUCAAAUGUAAACAAAAAAAAAACCUUGUUUCGAAAAAAUGAUGAGCUGUGUAACUAAUUGUUACUUUCUAUUUGCUAGAUAGAAUAAUCAAAUUAGAUCGGGUAUUUAAAAAAAAAAUGAAGUCAAAUUGUGUGAUCUUUUAUUAAGCGAAUGAACGAUUUUUGCUCCGCGAUAUUUAAUGUGAAUGAAUUGAAUGGAUGUCUCGUGAUAAGCACCGACUCGGAAAUUUCGGAAACAACCUCCGUAACGAAGUUUUAUAGAAAUGUUAAGGCUGUUAUUUUAAUACGAACAGUUUGAUGCUCGAGAAUCGUAAUGUAACAAAGUGCUUUGAUCUCAAGGGAAUUACUGAAUUUAUAGUUGGUGUUUAUUGUCGGUCGACGUUUCACCCAAAAAUCGUUAUGUUGUGAAGAAUGUAAGGUUGGAUCCGGGUUCUGUGUGUAUUAAAUUAGGUAAUUAUAUCAUGGAGCGAACUGAAUAUAUAUAUCUUCGCAUUUCUGUGCGAUAAGUUUUUUUUUUUUCAAUUUUUUUUGUUCGUAUUAAUCAAGACUUACCCGCUAUCUUAUAAUGCACAUUAUUAUUUAAUUUUCGUAUUUCGUCUUCAUUCAAUGUGAUUGAGCGUGUGCACUAAUCAUGUGUUGGACGUCGCGCGUGUGGGACGUCGAUAUAUCGACGACAGUCACUUUGUUCAGAAUUCAUGUGGCAAUAUUCUAUUUGGGUAGUUAAUUUUAAAGUUUCGCUUACUAAGUAAGUCAUGUUCAGUCGCUCGGCUUGAAGACGCACGAGGAAGGUUUUUGAGCUAUAGUUAUUAAAUUUAUGUAUUUAUAAUGCAAUGAUGCUUUUGAAACUGAAUUGAAUUCUUAUUGUAAGUAUAAAAAUUAAUAUUAAUAUUCAUAGAAAAAAAAAAAGAGUUCUCAGUGGUUUUUCUUUUCUUCUUCUGUAAUUUGUAUGGUUAAACGAUUUGCGUACGCAAUUUGACUUGUAUUCAGUUAAGGUCACAACCCUGUUCAAAAGAUACGAAAAUAUUUGUUAACUCAUAAUUAAAUAAAGCUUAUUAUAAGAUA